AUGUUCUCUAUGAAAUUCAAGAUGGGAUUUGUGAAAGCCACAUUGGUGGAAGGUCACUGGCACACCGUGCCCUCACUCACAGGUACUGGUGGCCACGGACGCAGCAAGAUGCACAACAGUACGUUCAGAAGUGUGAUAAGUGUCAGAGGCACUAGAAACAGACGUUUCUUCAUCAUUGUAACCGAUUACUUCACUAAGUGGGUGGAAGUUGAAGCCCUGCCAAGCAUCAAAGAAACAGACACAAAGUGGUUUAUGAUGAGGACUGUCGUGGUUCGUUUCGGCAUCCCACGGGUACUGAUUGUGAACAAUGGAACGCAGUUUGAUAGAAAGAUUUUCAGGAAGUUCUGUGCCAAUCUCAGGAUUAAAUAUCGGAACUCCUCUCUAGGUUACCCACAAAGCAAUGAGCAGGCAGAGUCCUCAAACAAGACCAUCAAUAACGGGGUGAAAAGGCGACUUGAAAAUGCAAAAAAGAAAAUGGGUUGA